GGCGUCGUCGUCUUCCUCUUCCUCUUCCUCUUCCUCUUCCUCGAGCUAGGGUUCCGCAUCGGCUGCUUCCCAUCUCCUCCUCUGCCUGCUCUCUCCAUCUCCAUCUCCAUCUGCAUCUGCAUCUUCCGUUUCUCUCAGUUCCUUCGAUCCUCCAUGCGGAACGCGCGCGCUCGAGGUCGCGAAUCGUAGGCUGACGAGCGAUCGUGGUUAACCCCGAGCGAGAGCAUGUCGUGCAGAACGGAGAGACACUCGAUUGCCUCGCCGUUCUGAUUCGUCGGGCGCUAUCGACGAAGGGGAAAGGAAAUUGUUUGCAGGUCGGAAAAAUGGCGGGGAGGAAUCGCGUGUUGCGCGAGCCGUUCAAUGGCCGGCGCGGCUACCCUCCCGAAGGCCCUUACGUCCGCGGCCCGCCUAUGCCCCGACCGCCGCCCCCUCCCGCGUUGCUGGAGGAGGAGCUCGAGAUGCAGCACGCCGAGCUGCGGAGGGUGCUGGGGGAUAACCGCAGGCUGGUCGAGGAUCGGAUUGCGCUGCAGCGGGAGCUCGGCGCCGCCAAGGAGGAGCUCCAUCGGAUGAACCUCGUCAUCGGGGAUAUUCGCGCGGAACACGAAAUUCACUCGAGGGAGUUCAUGGAGAAAGGUUUGAAGCUCGAAGCCGAUCUUCGCGCGGCCGAGCCUUUGAAGAAGGAAGCUGCGCAGCUCCGCUCCGAAGUUCAGAAGCUGAAUAACAUGAAGCAGGACCUUGCUGGGCAAGUUCAAAGUCUGACGCAGGACGUUGGUAGAUUGAAGGCUGAAAAUAAGCAGAUUUCUCUCCUGAGGGCGGAAAUUGAUGGUCUCAACCAGGAGCUCAUGCAUGCUAGAUCUACUAUCGAGUAUGAGCGGAAAGCAAAUAUUGAAUUGGUGGAACAAAGACAGGCAAUGGAGAAUAAUUUGGUUUCUAUGGCGCGGGAGGUCGAGAAGUUGCGCGCCGAACUCGCUGCUGGUGAUGUCAGAUCAUGGGGUGCUGGUGGAGUACCAUACGGGAGGAAAUUUAAUACUGGGGAAGGGAGUUUCGCUGCACCAUACGGGGAUGGCUAUGGUGUUCAUCUGGGUUCUGGUAAUGGUCCUCUUUAUGGUCCUGGAUCUGCUUCAAGGGGAGGACAUGACAAGCCUCGCAUUAAUCGUCGUUGAGAACUGGAUGGUGAUUGUUGUGACUGAAUAUGCAUGACAUGGCUUUUGCUGAGCUGUUGAAUGAGAAAACGGGAGGGAAGGCACAAAUUUAUCAAUUGGCACACCACAUCAGUAGUCUAUUAUCUGAAUGCAUCGUUAGUAUCUUUAACUUCUUAUCUAGGAAUCUCAAGUUACUGUUUUAUAGUCUCAAAGGACAUCAGUUAUUGUUUCUCUAUGUGUGUUUAUGAGAUAAAUAUGAAUUCUCUAGAAUCCAUGUAAACUCUUAAUAAUCGUUGAGUUUUAAUGUUGCCUUUUUAUUUUAAA